UAUAAAAGGACGCGGCAGCAGCUGGUGGGAGCCGGGCAGGGGGAGUCGCUGUCCAGCGUGGCGGUUGCUGCGCGCCCUGCGGCUGCUCGCCGGGAGGGCUUAGUCGUAUCCUGAGCUUGCCUUGCGCCUGCUGACUCGGGAUGCGGCUUUGGGGGGCCCGCUCGGCAGCAAAGUACCUUUAGGGUUUAUUGGGGAGGGGGCUUCGUCGGCGCAGCACCAAGGUUGGCGGAGGAGGCGAGUCCCUGCGCUUAAAGUGGGCUAGGGGCAAAGGGGCAGGGAAUUCCUCGCUGUAAUCCCUAAGCAGGGGUGGGGGUUGUUUGCUGUGGGUCUGCUUCAGAGGUAGGAGAAAGGAAGGGCAGCUUGCCUUUGAUUGAAGUCCCAGGGGGUUGGGGGGUCCCUGGCCUUCUGGCUGAGGGUACGAAGCAGCUGGAGAGCAGGGGGUUGGAGGGAUGCGUGCCUAGGGUUGGGGCUGCCCGGUUGUGACCCCCGCCAGAGAGGGACAGCCCAGGGGCAUUUGACGCUGCGGGAGGACCGACCUGGGUCUGUGCAGAAGGUUUCCCUCUGGUCUGGCUUGGACUCCUGUGGGAACUUUUCCUGUUGGCAGGACCCAAGUCCUGCUUCAGAGAGAGCGGGGAGCGAGCUCCGAUUCUGGUUGGAGGCAGGGGUGGGGGAGGGGGCAGCCUCACUCCCCCCGGGAUCUGCUGAAAGGACCCGCUGCCCUGUGCCCGCCGCAUCUCAACGAGGGUCCCAACCGAGCAGGAGGAAGCACUAAAGAUGGAUGCUGAGGAUGACCCCUUGUUGCAGGACAUGUGGCUGAACGAAGAAGAGGAGGUGGCCUUUGGGCCUCGCAAGAGAGCCGAAGGGCCACGGCUUUGCGGGAAAUGCCAGUGGAACUCCCGGCCACGGGCAUCGACCACGGCGGUGCUGACCUCCAGCUUCUGGAACGUUGUGGGCUGGAUCUUCACCAACCCGUACUCCGCCAGUCUGAUCCUCUUCUUGGGCUGCGCCAUACCUGCCACCCUUGCCGUGGUCAUGUUCCUGCACUACCCUGCUCUGGACAUUGAUAUCUCGUACAACGCCUUUGAGAUUCGCAACCACGAGUCCUCCCAGCGAUUUGACGCGCUCGCCUUAGCCCUCAAGUCCCAGUUCGGCUCCUGGGGCCGCAACCGCCGGGAUCUGGCCGACUUCACCUCAGAGACCCUGCAGAAGCUGAUCUUCGAGCAACUGCAGCACCUGCACUUGAACUCCACACGAUCAGGCGCAGCCCGGAGGAAACGCAGCCCCGACCAGGAGCGGACUAGUUUCUGCCCCCAAGCCCAACCUAGCUCGUCCAACCAAACUGCCCACCAGCCACGGAACAGCCCCCCUCACUGGGAAUACUCUAAUACCGUUGUGAGCACCAACACCCAAACCCACGCGCACUGGCGCAUCGAACUCAUUUUCCUGGCCCGGGGAGAUGCUGAAAACAACAUCUUCACUUCUGAGCGUUUGGUCACUAUCCAUGAGAUUGAGCGCAAAAUUAUGGACCACCCUCAUUUCCGAGAGUUCUGCUGGAAGCCCCACGAAGUCCUCAAAGACCUCCCUUUGGGCUCCUACUCCUACUGUUCCCCGCCUAGUUCCCUCAUGACCUAUUUCUUUCCCACUGAGAGAGGUGGAAAGAUCUACUAUGACGGCCUGGGGCAGGACCUUGCUGACAUUCGAGGUUCCCUGGAACUGGCCAUGACCCACCCCGAGUUCUACUGGUACGUGGAUGAGGCCUUGUCAGCCGACAACAUGAAAAGCUCCCUUCUGCGUAGUGAGAUCCUCUUCGGGGCCCCUUUACCCAGCUACUAUUCAGUGGAAGAUCGGUGGGAGGAGCAACGUCGGAAGUUCCAGAGCUUCGUGGUUUCUUACGUGGCCUUGCUAGCAAAGCAAUCCACCAGCAAAGUUCAGGUGCUUUAUGGAGGGACAGACUUGUUCGACUACGAGGUGAGGAAGACGUUCAACAAUGACAUGAUGUUGGCAUUCAUUAGCAGCAGCUGCAUAGCCGUCUUGGUCUAUGUCCUUGCAUCUUGCUCAGUGUUCCUGUCUUUUUUUGGGAUUGCAAGCAUAGGGCUCAGCUGUUUGGUGGCCCUCUUCCUGUACCAUGUCGUGUUUGGAAUCCAGUACCUGGGAAUUUUGAACGGAGUAGCUGCUUUCGUUGUUGUAGGAAUAGGUGUGGACGACGUCUUUGUGUUCAUCAACACCUACCGGCAGGCCACCCACUUGAAAGACCUCCAGUUGCGGAUGAUUCACACCAUUCAGACAGCCGGCAAAGCUACCUUCUUCACCUCCUUGACCACAGCUGCAGCGUACGCAGCCAACAUUUUCUCUCAGAUUCCAGCUGUGCAUGACUUCGGGCUCUUCAUGUCCCUGAUCGUCUCCUGCUGCUGGGUGGCCGUCCUCUUCACCAUGCCUGCCGCUCUGGGCAUCUGGUCGCAGUAUCUGUCCCCUCUAGAAGACGCCUGUCAGGCCAGCUGUGGUCAGAAGUGUGCGAAGGAGAACCCCUUGCACUUCUCGGACAGCCUCUUCAUCUCUUCAGAAGUCACAGGUGGGCCCAGCCGAGGGACUCUGCCUUACCUGGACGAUGACAUUCCUUUGCUGAAUGUGGAAGAGGAGCCAGUCACCUGGGAAAUGGGGGAUGUCCCUUUGGUCUCGGUGUUGCCUGAGAGCCUGCAGCUGCCUACCAAGAAGGACAGUCGGGGUCACCUGAUCACUCACGUACAAGAGCUCCUCCAGCGCUGGGUGCUGUGGUCGGCUGUGAAGAGCAGGUGGCUGGUUGUCGGGCUGUUCCUGACUGUUCUCAUCUUCUCCAUCUUCUUCGCCAGCCGACUUCGCCCAGCCAGCCGUGCCCCCCUCCUGUUUAGGCCUGACACCAACAUCCAGGUACUGCUGGACCUCAAGUACAACCUGAGCGCGGAGGGUAUCUCCUGUGUCACCUGCUCUGGCUUGUUUCAGGAAAAGCCCCGUAAUCUGCAGAACAACAUCCGCACCUCUUUGGAGAAGAAGAAACGGGGAUCGGGACUGCCGUGGGGUGUCCGUGGGAGUGCAGCAGGUGACAGGGCUUUGCAGGACCCCCAGGGGACAGUCUACAUCUUCAAAUCCAAAGGCAAAGGCCGGCCAGCUGUAUACAGGUUCUCCCUCAAUGCCACUGUCUCAGCUCCAUGGCAAACAGUGUCCCUGGGAGAUGGAGAGGUCCCCUCUUUUCAGGUGUAUAAAGUUCCUUUCGGUAACUUCACCAAGAGGCUGACCGCUUGUAUGUCCACAGUAGGGCAUCUCCAACAGACGAGCCCCAAGAAGUGGAUGAUGACCGCCCUGUCCUGCGAUAACAAGAAGGGAUGGAAAUUUGACUUCAGUUUCUACGUGGCUGCAAAGGAGCAGCAGCGAACUCGGAAGCUCUAUUUUGCACAGUCGCACAAACCCCCUUAUCAUGGCAGAGUGUGUAUGACGCCUCCUGGCUGCCUCCUGAGCUCCAGCCCAGAUGGACCCAACAAAGGCUUCUUGUUCGUCCCCAGUGAGAAAGCCGCUCCCAAAGCCAAGCUUUCAGUCACUUCCGGGUUCAACCCUUGUGGAAGUUCUGGCUGUGGAAAACCAGCCGUUCGGCCGUUAGUGGACACAGGGGCAAUGGUGUUUGUCGUGUUUGGAAUACUAGGGGUGAACCGCACCCGGCACGUGGACAACCAUGUCAUCGGAGAUAUGGGCAGCGUCAUCUACGAUGAGAGCUUUGAUCUCUUCAAAGAGAUUGGAAACUUGUGUCGGAUAUGCAAGGCCAUUGCCGGGAACGCGGAGCUGGUGAAGCCAGGAGGCGCCCAGUGCUUGCCCUCAGGCUAUAGCAUCUCCUCCUUCCUCCAGAAACUCCACCCAGAGUGUAAGAAUCUUCCCGAGCCAAACCUCCUUCCUGGCCAGCUUUCCCAUGGUGCCGUAGGAGUGAAAGAUGGGAAAGUGCAGUGGAUCUCCAUGGCCUUUGAGUCGACCACCUACAAAGGAAAGUCCUCCUUCCAGACCUACUCAGACUAUCUCAAGUGGGAAUCUUUCCUGCAAGACCAGCUGCGUCUCUUUCCCAAAGGCUCGGCGUUACGCCGGGGCUUUCAGACCUGUGAGCACUGGAAGCAGAUCUUCAUGGAGAUCAUAGGCGUGCAAAGUGCCCUGUAUGGUCUCAUCCUGUCCCUAGUGAUCUGCGUGGCUGCCGUGGCCAUCUUCACCACUCACGUCCUCCUCCUGCUUCCGGUCUUACUCACCAUUUUGGGAGUCGUGUGCCUUGUUGUGACCAUAAUGUACUGGUCCAGCUGGGAGAUGGGGGCGGUGGAAGCCAUCUCUCUCUCCAUCCUCGUCGGCUCCUCAGUGGACUACUGUGUGCACCUGGUGGAAGGAUACCUUCUGGCAGGGGAGAACCUGCCACUUCACCUGGCAGAGGAUCCCAGCUCCGGCCGCCAGUGGCGCACCAUCGAGGCAGUCCGCCAUGUUGGGGUGGCCAUCGUUUCCAGCGCCGUCACCACCGUCAUUGCGACCGUCCCCCUCUUCUUCUGCAUCAUCGCCCCUUUUGCGAAGUUCGGCAAGAUUGUGGCCCUCAACACGGGCGUUUCCAUCCUGUACACUCUCACUGUGAGCACCGCUCUGCUGAGCAUCAUGGGACCUGUGGCCUUCACGCGCAACCGGACUUCCUUCCUCAAGGCGCUGGCGGGGGUACUCGUGGCCCUGGUGGUGGGCCUCUGCCUUUGCUUGGUGUUGCUGAGAAGUGGAUUCAGGAUCCCGCUCCCCAAUGGGACAGUCCUAUAGUUCCUCCCCCUACACAAAACACCCCGCAAUCUCUUACAAUUUCCUCUUCGUUCCCUCCUUUUUUUGAAACUGGAGUACUGCUGGAAUCCCCGGAGAAUGAAUGUUAAAGGGCAGGAAGAAUCCAGGAAUCUGACCUUUCUUUCCUACUUACAAUUUCCUAGGUGCUGCUUGUGCACUCGGUCAGUCCCAUGUGGGCAGGGGAGGGUGCACAGAGGAUGUCAGAGGCUCUGAAAGCCUUGGAGCCCAGCUCUGCUGCUUCUUUGCUUGGAGCCCGGCUCCACUUCUUCUUUGCUUGGAGCCCGGCUCUGCUUCUUUGCUUGGAGCCCGGCUCUGCCCCACUCGGAUCCGGCCCUUUUGUUUCUCAGGGGACUGGAGUCUCCAUGGGGGGAGGUGGCACAAUUGCUCUUCCCACUGCCAACCCUGAUUUUUUUUCCCUUUGGCCAGAGGUGGGAGAAGAGGGGAGGUGAAGGAGAAUUUGGGUCAAACUGCAUGUUAUUUUGGAGUCCAGUGGUUUUGCCCCACCCCCAGCACAUAGUUUAGCUUCAAAAAGCCGCCGCAGCAGAAGGGAGAAUGGACUGAGAUCCGAGCGCUGAUGUUUUCCUGACCAAAACUGCCCCCACAGCUGCUUUUAGCCCUGGGGGUGGUGGAAAGUGCCUACUUACAGCGACCCCUUGUGGGGUUUUCAAUGCAAGAGAGGAGCAGCGGUGGUUUGCCAUUGCCUGCCUCUGAAUAGCAACCCUGGUUUUCCUUGGUAGUCAA